UCUUUCCUUUUUUUUUUUCUUUUUGAAAGCUCCCACCAAACUCAGACACCCUUUUCUUUCUAUACUGCUUCUUUUUUUUUCUCAGAUUCUAACAGUAUAUCUACCGUUUUUUAUCAUGCUCAUGUACCUAUAUUUGACUUUUUGUUACGCUUCCUUUACAAGCAAGGCAUAGCGUCCCUGAAAAGUACAAGAUAACUCCUCAUCCGUGAAAAAUAAAAGUGAGACCUAAGCAUGGCUCUAGUCUUGUCGCCCGACUAAAUCGUACCUUGGUCAUCCAAGUGUGGCAAAACGACGCGGUAGACAGCUGAAUCAUGCGGCAAAGUUCAGCGUAAGACCCGUCCUCGCAGGUUAAAGAAAGGGAGCGAGAGGUAGAUCUAGAGGCCUACGUAAUAAAUGCGCUCGACUCCCAUCGCCCUUUACUCUUCCUUGUUGGUAAACUGAACGGGCCGGAUCGAAGGGAAGAGGUUCCGCUUUCGUUGGCUCAGAUCAGAUAUAAUACACACUACUGGAUUUAUCCUCGGGCAGAAGAUCGAGUUGUACAAACAUGCCUCCUGAAUCCCAGACAGAAUCUUCAACAACCUCCACGGCUACCGUCAGAAAACAUUUGCCGCCUGUCAAAGACGAGAAGACUGGAGAGUACAAAAGUGUGGCCGACAACUUCACAGGGGCCACUCAGGCUUCCAGAUACUUGGUGGUAUCAGCGGUUGCUCUCUUCAUUUACUUCAGAGCUCCGCUUCAAGAUGCUGUGGAUCAUCUAUGGAGCUACUUAAUUAAAAAUGAUUUAUUUUGUUCUGCAUAUUUUGAAACAAUUUAUGUUACCUUAGUUUAUAUUGCUUUAGUGGCAGGUUAUCCAUUUGUGAUGCACUACAUUCCAUGGGUACAAAAAUUUAAAGUCAGUGAUGAUGUCACCUAUGUACACAGGCCUUUCUUCGGGAAAGUCGGUAUGGUCCUGGAGAUGUUUUUUCACCUGACGCCGCUCUUAGUGGCAGAUGCUUUGAAGAUGAAAAAAUACUUUGACGUUCCGGAAAUCGAGUGGGAGAAAAGAAGAGGUCAGUGGAUACAGACCACGCGAGCGUUGCCAGAACACUCACCCAAUGUCCUGCUUAUGUGUGGCCAAGUCAUCGGAUCUGUCAUAGCGUUUGACGCCAUAUUUUUCGUUGUGCACUUCAUACUCCACAAAAACUUUUAUCUGUACAAAUAUUUCCAUUCCCAACAUCACGACCAUGACGUCAUGCACCCUCACGUGACCAACCAGCUGUCGGUCGUGGAAAGGAUCUUGCAGGUGGCCUCGGCGAACUACUCACUGAUACUAUUCCGAAGCCACCCGCUGUCUCGGCUUGUAUUUGUGCCUGUGUUUCUGUGGUUUCUCAUCGAGAACCAUACGGGCUACGACUUGCCCUGGGCACCACACCGCCUGAUUCCGCACGGCGUGAUGGGCGGGCCUGCCAAACACCACGCUCACCACCAGCAUGGCUCUCGACACUACCAGCCUUUCUUCAAUUAUCUUGAUAAAUGGCUUGAAAAUUGGCAGCUGAGGAAGAAACUAGCAUAAUAAGAAUCUUUUUACAAUUUUUUAAAUUUUAGUUUAUAUCUCAACCCCAGUUAAAUCGAUGUGAUGUGAAUGGUAGUACUUUGAAGUUAUCAUUACUUGGUUUGUUGGUUUGAUGAUGAGAGGUGAUUCAGGAACGAAAAGGUAUCAUACAUAUUUUUCAAAAGUUAUUUUUGAUUUGUUCAUUUCCUCUCUUUGUUCAUCUAUAAGUACUAUGGACAGUAUAAUAUGUUUGUUAAAUUAUCUCUGAAAUACAGUAUACAAGAACUGAUCCAGAAAGAGAUAAAAAUGUUCAUGUCUGGAUUCUAUCAUUGGUAUUUUUCACGAUUCACACUUUUUGAUUUUGUGAGGAUAACCUAGACAUGUCUGACAGGACAAGAAGCAGCCGGGAAAAGAGUCAAGAGACGGGGAUAUAUUUGUUAUGUAUUUCACACGCUUGGUUCGAACUCAGUUCUCUGAUUUUGUUCAAAGUCUUUUAAAACUUUUUUUCUUCAAACGUUUUGGUAAAAACUUAUGCAGAAUAUUGAUAAUGCAUAUUUCAGUUUAUUUUGGGAUAUAGCUAAAUGUUCCUUAUUUUGUUUCAUUUUGCGGUUUGCGCCUUUACCUUCUUACAUUUAUUGUUUGGUAGUUCACUUAGUUUUUCUAUAAUGCUAGUUGGACAAUGAUAUUAAUUUUCUGAUGGAGGCUAUUCUUUCAUCGGCCUUUAUUCUCCUUUUUGUUUUAUAUUUUUGUAAAUGUUAUUAACUUUGAAUUGUCAUGGCAACUAAACGUAACUGAUUACCAGAGAACCACGGCCAUAUCCAUAAUAGGCUACUUAAUUGUCAGUUUUAUCUUAUCAAUGGAGUAGUAUUGGAUUUUUUUUCUUGCCAUGGGAUGAGUUGUCUUUGUUGGAAUAAGAGAUGCCAUUUUGAUACACAAUACAACAAAUCAUCAUUCUUAAAGGUCUCGUAUGUUCUACGUUUGAGUUGCAAGGGAUAUUGAGAGAUGAAACUUAGUUAUAUUUGUUUUGAGCCGUUCACUCAAUGUCUCUUUGGAUGCCUUUGAUAAAUUUAUCUAAUUUAUUACCCCAAAGAAAUGUGAUAUUUGUAAGCUGUACAAUGCUGAUAAGAGUAGGAUUUGUUGUUGUUAUUUAGCCGUGUUGUGUGUUGACCAUUAAGGUACCCCCACCUGUAAGUUGUACAAAAUUUCGAUAUUAUAUUUGUUACCCACUGUCUAUAGUUAUUACAAUUCCUUUAAAAAGCAAUUGAGUAGGUUUGUGUGCGGUCAUGUUUUGCUGUUUAAACAAUGCUUUCAGUAUUUUAUGAGAUUUUUCUUUACAACAAAGGAUAAUUAUCAGUCAGUUUUAUUGAUGUACCCGGUGUCACAUAGCAUAGCCUCUAGCUAUGUUGAAUUUUCCGUAGAAGUACCGAGAGUGCUGGCGGUUGGAGGGCGCCACUGGUAGGUCCUACUUUUUCACUAUCCAUCUGUUAAUUCUGUCUGUCUUACUUUCCCCCGGCACUAAAUGACCAUUAAUGUGUCGAUGUGCUUCUCAAACUCAAACUCAAACUGUACCGAGAGUUUGUUGCCGCUUGAAAUCCAAACUGCUACACGCUCUAUGCAAAGCACUGAUGUCCGUGUUUUUGCAGAUACUGCUGGGUCAGCGCUUUUGUCUUGUCUUUUAGCGAAGAUUUUGGGGGCUUUUUUUCUUGUUUUUGUGGGAAGGGAGUUGCUUUUGUGAAUCUUGACUUAGCUUGGAUUGGCACCGACAGGACGUGUCGAAGUAGCCUACCUUCCAAUGAAUGAUCUAACAAUGUCCUUAAUUCUCAUAUGAGACUAAACAGUUGAGGAGAAUCUCAAUAGUUCCUAUGAAGUGGCAAUAUGAUUCAUUUGAGGUAAUACCCAGUGGUGCAAAUUACCUAUUUGAUACGAUACAUAUUUGAAAACGAGUUAUGGCGGCUCCAGUGCAAACGACAAUGCACAAUGGCGUUACCUGAUAAUCACAACGUUUAAUCUGCUCAAUGCCUAUUUCUUGAGAAAUAUGACGUCAAAUUUUUUUAGUUUCACAAUAUUUCAAGCUUUUUCGAAUGCAAUUCUUGGAAUAUCUUGAUAACGACUCCGAAUAUUUUUACGAUUUUGACAGAGCAGAUUAGAGCAUUUGCUUUCUGGCCUCAUGGUCUUAUUAUAGUGACUCAAAUGGCCAAAAAUGUCAGAUAAAAUGUUGUAAUAUUAUUGUCUGAGGUAGCGAUGUAUAUCAAACUAGUAUGUGCCUUGCUUCAUCAAAUUUGACCCAGGAGUCAGUUUGGGCCCAUUGCAUUCCGCGCACAACCCCGCAACGCUUAGUAGCCUUAUGUUUGGCUGUUUUCAUGUUUUUGUAAACUUGUUUUGAUUUUGGGAGCAUUGAUCAAAUUGUACCUAAGUGGUAGUUUUUGCCCUACAGGAAGGAAAAUCUGGCUGUCCCCGACUUAUAUAAAAAUAAUGGGCAAUGUACCCUGGGUAUGAAAUGUUGUUGUAAUGGUCACCAUCUAAUUGUUUAAAGGUUUAUAAAAAUUCGAAUAAAUCUCUAGAUAAGUGGUUCUGUGCGACAUUAAGUAGCCUGAUUAGCUGUAUACUAACUACAGCACUGAUUAAAGUUUACAAGGUUACAUAUCAACAUCAAAGCCAUGUGUAUACUGAGCGACCAUUUUAAUGACUGUCAAAGAUAUCGCUUUUCAAAGAUGGCUGUGCUUUUAUUACUUUUAAAACUUGCAAGUGAUAGUGAAUUGAUUACCAGUACUCACUGAUUUGCUUUGUUGAACUGAUUAUGGAAUGCUGUCAGUGAAAAUAUGUUCGAUGUACAAUUAAAAACACUGAACUUUGCCUGAAACUGUCAUCUCAUUCAUAGGGUCAUAUGAUGUUUCCGAAUUCCGGAAUCGUUGCACCUCAUUGCCCCGUUACUGAAUUUCAUCUAAUUUAAGCUGACAAUAAUCCUAGUUAUGACUUUUUUCCUAAUUUCAUCUUUCAUUGAAUUGUACAUAAGCACACUACUUAAUUUUACACUCAUUUACUCGGCUGUAUUGCCAACAAUUUGGAAUUUAUUAAUUUCCUAUGUUAAAAUACCUGGUGAAAUAGGAAUGGUGACAGUUUGACAUUCACGUAUUAUCUGUGUAACAAUUUUGACUUCUCAGUAAACAAAAUUUGUUUCUAUUAAAAACAGAAUAGAAGUUUACAAUUUUCAACUAUUUCUUUCAGGAGUAAAUCAAUAUCGAGUCUUUCAAAAACCUACUCUUGUCUGUGUUUUGCGAUAGUCUUAUCAGACGUGCUGUUUUCUCACUUUCUGUAAGCUGAGAUCAAAUUUAUUGGUUAAUGAAAACGCAUUCCAGUCACAUCAGACUUCAGAUUUCGGAUUGACAGUGUUCAAAACGACCCUAAAUGGCGUUUGUGGUGUAGCGGUUAGGCGCUUCACUGUCGCCCACAGAAGACCCUGCCUUGAUUCACGAGUAGGGAUAAUUUUUUAAAUUAUAGUAUCUUCGUUCCUCUACUGAGAUGUUGUAUCCCUCUCAACCGGGGUUGGCCUUGGCAGGCAGGUUCGAAGCUCACCUCCUUGAUCAGUUAAACUGUGUCGAUGGGGGCGUAAAAAAUUACUUUUUUUUAAAGUCUGAAAUGAAACACUGUAUAAUAUGAUAAAUUAUGAGAGUGCCAAUCUUAAUUUUGCUCUUCAAAAUGAAUGGUGCCUUUUUAUUUCGAUUCUGUUGUUCUUUUUGUUUGUUUGCUUUGGGGGGAUUAUUUGUUUUUGGGUUGGAUUUUUAAAAAUCUUUCUCUUGUUUGCAGUGAAUAAUCAGGCAAGAGGAGUAAAGUAAGUAAACCAAUUUCCAUAAUUCAUCAAGCUGUUGUUGAUUGUGAAAUUCUUAGACUUAGUCUUCGAUUUUAAUCGAUUCACUUUAUUGACAUUCCUAGAAAUAUGUGCCUCGUUGGGGUUUGUUUUUGUUUGUUGGGGUUGGGGUUGUUUUGUUUGUUUUUUUGGGGGGGGUUGUUGUUGUUUUUGGGGGUUUUUUGGGGGUGGGGUGUUCUUGCUUUGUUGUGUGUGGGGGGGGGUCGUUUGGUCGGGGUUUUUUGGCGACAGUUGUGCUCAUAAAAGUUGCGAUAGUGAGUUAUACUGCACUGAAUAUUUGAUGUGUUUUUUGUUUUUUUCUUUUAUAUUUUGCAUUACAACGUGUACUGAAGAAAUACAUAACAGUUUUACUUCAGUUAGAUGAAGUGUGAAAGAUAAAA